GCGGGCGAGGCCCCGUGGCAGUUACCUGGGGUCGGUGUCACUUCCGGUCGCCGCGGUUCUGCUUCCGGGUCGGGCUCAUUUUCCCCCGUCGGCCGCCGCCUCCUCACAUCCAGUGCCGGAGCCCCGGGCAGCCGAGCCGCCGUCAUGAGGCUCUACAGCCUAAGUGUCCUUUACAAGGGAGACCCCAAAGUGCAUUUACUGAAAGCCGCCUAUGACGUGUCCACCUUCAACUUCUUCCAGAGGUCCAGCGUGCAGGAAUUCAUGACCUUCACGAGCCAGCUGAUUGUGGAACGCUCGGAGCUGGGCAGCAGAGCCUCCGUCAAGGAGCAAGAGUACCUCUGCCACGUGUAUGUCCGGAACGACGGGCUGGCCGGCGUGGUGAUUGCAGAUAACGAGUAUCCCCAGCGGGUUUGCUUCACCUUGCUGGACAAGGUGCUGGAUGAAUUCUCCAGGCAGGUCAGCAAAAUCGACUGGCCUUCGGGCUCCCCGGCGACCAUCAGCUACGCUGCCUUGGACGGGUACCUCAGCAAAUACCAGAACCCCCGCGAUGCCGACCCGAUGACCAGAGUGCAGGCGGAGCUGGACGAGACCAAAAUCAUCCUGCACAACACCAUGGAGUCGCUGUUGGAGCGAGGGGAGAAGCUGGAUGACUUGGUCUCCAAAUCGGAGGUGCUCGGGGCACAAUCCAAAGCCUUCUACAAAACUGCCCGAAAGCAGAACUCCUGCUGUGAAAUCAUGUGACGCGGAGCCUGGGGGCUCCUGCUCCGGACCACCAGGCCUUCGCUCCCCUUCUGCCCGCGCCCGGGACGACAGGAAGCAGAAGCCCAGCGCUGGGCGUCCUCGGCGCCGUGGGCUUACGUGACUUUUUUUUCAUCUGGAGGGGCUGCCGAGGCUGGCAUCGGGCCGGCACCUCGUGGGGUGGAGGGAGUGCUGGAGACCCCCCGCCCUCGCUUUUCCCGAGGGCGGCUCGGACCACGGGGCGCCUGGCCCCGCGCCCUCCCCGGCCUUUAGAUCCAUAACACCAGCCGGUGCCUCGGCGCCCCGGCACUGCCGGCCUUGGGGUCAGGGAGAGGAGCCGGGGCUGCCUGGGGGAAGCUGGGGCCGGGGGGGGCGGUCUUUUAUGUAUUUGUGUCCUAAGAGUGAGCCCGGGGGGGUGGGAGAGGGGUGAGGAGGGAAGAAGAGGUGCUUUCCUCCGGUGGGGGUACUCGCUGCUGGGCUAUUGCCCGUUGCCCCCCCCUGGGCGGUGAAUUGGAAGUGGUGGCCCCGGUGCCCAGGGAGGGGGGUAACCACCGGGCCCCUUCCCUCGCUUGGGUGGUGGGGUGUGGGGGAGAGCUGGGAUGGGAUGGGGGGGCUUGGGUGGCACUUGGCCCCUGCGGCCCCCCUGUCCCCAUGGCCGGCUUGCGGGGGGGUGUCCCCCAUGGUGCUGCCUGGGGCUGUGUUGCAGGCCCCCCCCUCCCACUUUGCCAAGGUGGGGAGAGGGAAGCUGGGGCAGCGUGGGGCCAGCUGGAAGCCAGCCCCUGGGCUCGGGUCCCUGCGCUGGGAGGGGAGCGGGGCCAAGGGGCGGCCGGGGGGAGCACCGAGAUCCCCUCCCCUGCUCUUGUCAGCUUGCGGGGGGGUGGCUCAACACCCCUCUUCCUCCUCCUGCGGAAGGGAAAAAAGCUUUCACUCGAGAUUGUAUCGUGAUCGGUGUUGCCUAUCGUUUCCCUGCCGCUGGCCGCACCGGCCCGGCGAGGAUAAAGUUGUCUUUGACGGUUGUA